GGGACUUAUCUGGUCCGCAAGUGACUGGAGAUUAUAAUGCUCAGAUGUGUAUCUGGGAACUUGACAAUUGAAAACACGACCAACUGAGACCGCACGGCGUCUCCUCAAUAGAAGCUCUUGGUGCGGCCUUGAGCGUGUUUUCAAUCGUGACUGCUGCUAUCCAAAGCGCUCAGUAUAUCAUCGAGACAGUGGAUAAUGUCAGGAUGUGCCCGAAAGCCUGAAGAUUGUCAAAGCUGACAUUAAGACUUUACUUCCGCUCCUGAAAACGGUCUAGGCGACUGCAUGGCAUUAUGGAAAUACAGGCCGCUAUGCUGACUUUAAACCCGCCAUCGACUGCUGCGAGCACGCAUGCUUCAGGACACGCAUGAGCAUUGACAGAUCGAUCAAGCAUGACCGUGAUCCAAAAGUCCUAUACUGGAUUGGCGGAUUAGCGAGUCGAGUUCAAUGGCCAUCAAAGACUCCGUCCUCGUUACGCAAGCGGGGUCGUCCGGAAGUCCCAAGCCCACAGUCGGUCACCGCAGCUUCGGAAUCUUUCUCGAAGGCAACCUCGCUAGGACGACACACGAACACAGAGUGGCAGAGUAUCGAAGGCGUGCUAGUAAGGCGACGGAACAGGAUAGCGGAGGAGGAUGGCUCUGGUGAGGAAAUUCUCCUUCCGUUAUGGUUGACGUUUUGGCCGCCGAGCCUAGAUACCGUUUGUUUGGUCGGCGCCCAUCAGGAACAGGUCGAUGAUGCGGCGUUUGACAAAAGUGACGCUAAUGCUCAUAUACCAUACGACGCUUAAUCGUGAGCUCUCCUGU